AUGCUCGAAUUACAAGUAUCGUCGACCAAAUUUCUUCACGUGGUUUUACCCACAGUUAGCAACGUUGCCAAUAUCGCGGUUCCAGCAGGCGAAGCCACCGCUCCAGUCGAAGAGGCAAAAGCUCCUGAAAAGACUGCGUUUACUGUAAAACUGGAAAAAUAUAAUGCUGAUGCAAAGACAAAGAUAAUUCGUGAAAUGAAGAAUAUUUUACCGGGUACAAACCUCGUUGAGGCAAAAAAAUUUGUUGAAAGUGUACCUAAGACUAUCAAAGAAAAUGUUACCAAAGAAGAAGCCGAAAAGAUCAAAAAAACUUUAGAAGGACUUGGGGCAACUACGUAG